CGUAGUUUAUGUUGAUGUGUGUAGCGGGUAACUUAAUUUAUACUUUUGUAUAUAUUAAUAUAAAAAAAAAAUGAUGGAUAACAUUGAGAAUUCCAAUUUAUACGAUCUUUUUCAAGAAUCAUUGACAGACGAUAAUCUUUUUAUGAUGGGGACAAGCGUAGAUACAGGUUUUGAAUGGCAAGCCAUCGAUGAAUGUCGAGAGAAGAUAGAUAAACGUCUUCAUGUUGUUAAAGAACGUGGAAACAUUUAUUUCAACGUACCUUGGCAUCAAUUUAUCGAUGUACAAAAAAUGAGAUCAAUAGAUAAUAUAUUUAUAGUUGGAAGUGUACUUAAACUUAACUUUGAUGGAAUCAAUAAGGAAGCUGAUUUAAAAUUAUGUACAAAUGUUGUACAUGAUAAUGUGAAAUUGGAAAAGGCAUUGAAUGCGUGGAAAAGCAUUACUCGAUUCUCAGGAAAAAUCUAUCCAACUAUUAACGAAUAUGAAGAGGCUCGAAAAUGUGAGAAAAUUUUUGAUAGCUUAAAAUCCACCGGUUCUAAAAUCAGAAAAAGAGGACAAAAUCCAGCUGAUGCAGACCACAAUGAUGUUUUAAGAUAUAGAGUAACUUGUGAAAGAAUCGGUAAACAUAGCUUUGAAUCUCCUGAAGCCGCUAGAAUUAUAGGAGGAGAACUACAAGAUAAAUACCAUUGGCUAGUUGACUUAUCUACAUAUCACUUGGAAAUAAUUUGUAAAAUAAUUAAAAAUGAGAUAGUGACACAACUACGUACUACACAUGAAUCCAAACAUCAUAGAAAUAUUAUGCAUUUUGGACCAACUACGCUGAGAGCUACCAUAUGUUACAAUUUAUUAAGAUUGGCACAUCCAAAUCCAGGAGAUAUCAUAAUUGAUCCUAUGUGUGGAAGUGGUUCUAUUCCUAUUGAAGGAGGAUUGGCCUAUGAAAAUUCAUACAUGUUAUGUGGAGAUAAUCAUAUAAAGGCUGUGCUAAGAUCAAAAUCUAAUAUAAAUAUCUCCUGUCUUAAGUCUAAAAUUGAUCUAACACAAUGGAGUGUUACUUAUUUACCAUUCUUAAACUCUUCCAUUGAUAUUGUUGUGACUGAUAUGCCUUUUGGAAAACGCAGUGGCAAAAUGUCAGACAACAGAGUGCUUUAUAAAGAGUUCUUACUGCAAUUAGGUCGAGUUGUAAGACCUACUACUGGUCGAUUAGUAUUAUUAACAUAUGAUAGACGUAGUUUUCAUUUAGCAUUACAAAAAGCUGGUAACUUAUUCAGAAUAACAAAAAUAUUAGGUGUUAACAUAGGAGGACUACUUGCUGCUGUAUAUGUAUUAAAACGAACAAAAAUAGAAUAUAAAGAAUUCGAACGACGUACGAAUAACGAUCAUACCAUUACAAAACAAUAAAAUUAGUUAAUUUUUUAAACAAUUAAAUUUUUAUUUAAACA